UCAGUUCCCCUACCAACCGGUGUCCAGUUAUGUUGCCGUGUCGAACGCCGUUCGAAUCGUUUCGUCGCUUGUUUUCAAGACGCGUUAGUUAUGAUACCCUUCGUAACUUAUUCCUAAAUUAUUACGGUAUAACGUUCUGUGUCGUUAACUUGCGAACGCUCAAAGAAAACUCGAUGGAAAUAGGAUCGUGCCACGCGAGUGAUCCUAAGAAAUAAUCUUACGUUGGUCCAGUUCGCGCGUGCUAUUCAAUUCGAAAGAGAGAGAAAGAGAGAGAGAGAGAGAGAAACACAAGUAUUUGUCGUCCUGUCUAAACCUGUUAACAUCACGUUAAUGUUCUCCAUCAAAUCAACACACAUCGAAUAAAUUCUAACGCAGAUCUUUUUCAUUGGGAAAUGGUCCACAAAUUUUCAGAAUCCACACGUUUUUGUUACGUGGCAAAGAAGAACGAGGGGUAUCGAUUGUUAAAAUAAAACGAAUAAUAAUAUUUACCAAAAAAGUCUUUUUCUGAUAAAAUACAAAUUUAUCGAACAAAGGACAAAGUACUACUACUACUACUACUAUCGAGAUAUAUAUAUUCAAAGCACAAAGUAAUAUAAUCAAUCGUAGAAUUAACGAAGAAAGAGAAAAAGAAGAACAAGAAGUUAAGUCGCAUAAUGUAGUCUGAUAAAUGUGACAAAUAAAAACAAAAAUAAAGAACAAGAAAAAGAAUAGAAAGGAUACAAAAAAAUAUGUCGAUCGUUUUAAUAGACGAAAAUAAUUAGGAUUAUAUUAUUAUUAUAUAUCUCGAAGUUAAAUAAAAAGUGAAGAUAUAAAGACUAAUUAUAAAAAUAAUAAUAAUAAGGUGGUGGUGAAUUGUGAUAGUGAUUGAUUCGGUUGGUGGUGAUAUUCUGAAAGUGGAUAACAAACAACAAUAACAAGAAGAAUAAAAAUUAAAGAAGAAGAAGAAGAAUAAGAAAAAUAAGAAAAUAAAGAAUAAUCAUUUUUGGGCCCUACUCGUUAAAAGUUGUUUUACCUUGAAGGUUAAAGGAGAAAGGAUUGAAGUUUCUUCGUGACAGGAUGAAGACGUUGGGCGACGUUGUUGCCGAUCCCGUCGACGAGGAGAAGGACAAUACUGAUUCAGGGCAUGGAACUGUUGGCAAAGAAUUUGGUCAGAGAACUCUAAGAUCCUUGAAAAGAGGACUCGGACGAUUGUGGAAGAGACACAGGGGCAACGCCUCAAUAACCGACUAUGAUCCUUGUUAUAAGGUCGCCUAUCUUGGGAAUGUCCUUACUGGAUGGGCCAAGGGUGAAGGAUGCGUUGAAAAACCUGUGUCGACUUUAUGGCGAAAUUACGUGACCAGCAGCAGACCGGACGUUUCUAUGAGGUUGACGGUGACUAAUGGUGGUUUGACUGCGACAACUAAGGACCAUGGUUUAACGGAAUAUUGGGCUCAUAGAGUGACUUAUUGUACAGCACCGGUAUCCCAUCCACGACUUUUCGUUUGGGUUUAUAGACACGAAGGACGUAGGCUUAGGCCUGAAUUAAGGUGCCAUGCUGCAUUAUGCAGUAAAGAGUCUACCGCUAGGAGAUUAGCUUCGACCUUGAAUGCAAGGUUACAACAAGCCCUGCUUGAAUUUCGUAGAGAUAAGGUCUCCAGGCAAAAUGCUAGGUUGUCCUUGGCAAAUGCUCUCUACGAAAAUCCUUCGUUACCUAGGAGAAAACUUUUAUUGAGUACAGGUGGUCAAAAUUAUCGGCCACCUUUGGAAAGGUCCAAAAGUGCGCCGAAACUAUCAGCCAUCGAGGAAGAUGCUGUUGCAGAAGAGAUCGAACAACAACGAUUACUCGAGGAUCUGAGAACAUUGGAAACAGUUGCACGAAGUUGGCAGGAUCAGGAUGGUUGGAGAUUGGCACGUCUUUUGGAUGCACUCAAUCGAGAAUCUUCUGACGAGAAUGGAAGUAUAUCGAGUGGUUGUGAAACAGCUAGUACGGCAACUAGCGAAGAAAGAACGAUUGGUCCUGAGGAUCAUCAAAUUGCUGGUGAGACAGAACAUCAUCAAGCAAACGCUAGGAUCCUUUACGAGGAAGAAAACGUAAGAGAUGCUGUUGGACCAAGAAGAAAUUCCGAAGGUUCGCCUAAUUUCAUGACGUGUGCCGGUAGUCCACGUUUUCAUCGUUGUAACAUAACACCCAAUCGAAAGAGGUUUUCCUUGAGAAAUGAGGAAGACGAGUCUAUGGAAGAAGAAGAAGAAGAAGAAGAGGAAGAGGAAGAGGAAGAGGAAGAGGAAGAGGAAGAAGAAGUGGAAGUGGAAGUGGAAGAAACUGUAAACACCCCUCCGAAUCGUUUUGAAUUCGAGGACGUCGAGGAUUUCGACGAAGUGGUGGAUUACAGGCCUAGGGGUGAGAUUCAUCAUCAUAGAAUUGAAAGCACGCAAGAGAAGGAAAGGCGAGUAUUGGAAAAAUAUCCGAGUAGUAGGUUGAGCCGUCAAUUGUCCCAAAAUGAAGAUACUUCAUUUUUGACGUUGGAUUCAUUGGACGAGGAAGCUGACAGCGAUGAAAGUGGUUACGUUGAAGCACCGCCUAAAUCUCUCCUAGGACAGAACGAUAAUAAUAGUAAUAGUAAUAGUAGUAGUAGUAGUAAUAAGUACGAUAAUACCAAGAAAGAGCUUGAUGUUAUUGUAGAUAGCAAAUCGAACGAUAUAAACGAACGAAAAGCCGAAAAUACGACGAUUGAGAAAAAACUUGAUGAUAGGAAGCAAAUUGAUGUAGACUCUAAUGAUCCUUCGAUUCAUGCGAUAGAUGAUAAUCAAAGGAUCAAAGAGAGAGAACGCGAGAAAGCAGACUUCAUUAAGUGUCCAAUAUCAGAGACUAUCAAGAAGCUAACUAAUGCUUCCUUAAGAAGUUCCAAAUCCUUGGAAAUUGCUACGAACAGUUGUUCAAAGGCAAUGACUAAUCUCAAAACGUCGAAAUCAUUCGAUGCUACCAAUAGGAAUGAGAACGUUGAAAUCGAGUCGCCGAGUUUGUUACAAAGAAAACAAUUGUUAGCUCAGCACGGGGUUAUUGUUUAAAAUUAUAUAUAAAGGGGGAAAAAAGAAAUAACCCUAUAAGUUGAACCCUCUCGUUUGUAAAAUUAUUUUUUUAUAGAGAGACCCAAUGAUGAGAGAGAGAGAGAGGGGGGGGGAAGGGGAAGGAAGGAUAGAGAAUAUGAUAGAAUUGCAUUUUCGUGGUGUCCAGUGCAUACGUGAAUCGUUGGCCACAAAAAGGAUUGAUCACUUUAAUACGUGAUACGCUUUUUAUGUAGUUCCGUGAUAUAUUAAAGCGUUUUAAUACGUAAAUAGGAAAUUCAGCAGUUUCCAUUGCUUAAUUUCAAAUUUGCUCGCUCGCUUACACCGAGCUUAGAGAAAAAAAUUAUCGUUUGAUUUUAAUAUCGUCAAUUUUAUCGAUUCGUUGCGAUUAGUGUGUAUGAGAGAGAGAGAGAGAGAGAGAGAGAUGAGAUAUAUAUAUAUAUAUAUAUUUUUUUUAAGUGUACUUAUUGGUUUUGUUUUAUAUUUUCAACGGAUAAUUAGUUAAUUCUUUUAUAUAGAUCGAAUGAAAUUAUUCAAACUCUGUAUUCCUAAGAGAUAAUAUGUAUAUGUAUUUUGCCCUCUCUUGAAAAAUAUUUAAUAACGAAAAUAGCAUAUAAUUAUUAUAUUUAAACGUUUAGCCGAAAAUCAUUUAUUUUUCAGACCAUUUAUUAUUGUCAUUCGCAUCGGUAUUUUUUUUCUUUUCUUUUCAUUUUUUUUUUUUUAUAUAUAUAUAUAACAUAUUAGAAAUUCUUAUUUUAUUAUUUGACGUAAAAGUUAAUAAUAUAUGGAUUAUACGUGUGUCAGAUCAUAAAUGUGAUUAAUCUAAUAGAUUAUACGAACACCAUGUUUUUUCUUUUUUCUUUAAUGAUUAGAUUUCUUUCGAUUAUGGAAUACAGUUCUUAACGCGAGAACCGUGCCAUACACCAUUAAAAAAAAAAAAAA